AAAAAAAAAAAAAAGAAAACUGUGACAACUGUGUUUUUUUUUUUAUGUUUGACAUUUAAAUAAAUAAUACUAAAACAAGUUAUUAUUUAUCAAGUUAAUAAUUUCUUAUUGUUGAAAAAAAAAAAAGAAAACACUUGAUCAGUCAAUGAGUCACUGAUAAGGAUUAAAAAAAAUAAAAUUAGAUAAAAAAAAAUCGACGUGGAAUAAACACUACGCCAUGCCGGUGUGACGCCCUUUUUUAUAUUGUGAUAAUAAGUCAUAUUGUUUAACUAAAAAAAGUCAAUCAACAAUAAACAAUUAAAAAAUUUAAUUUACUUUUUUAUUUAUCAAAAUUGAUUGAGUAAUUUUUUGGCACAAUGGAUGAUAAAGGAAGAAAAGUCAUCGUUUGUGACAAUGGCACUGGGUUUGUCAAAUGUGGAUAUGCUGGAGCUAAUUUUCCAGCUCAUAUUUUUCCCUCAAUUGUUGGAAGACCAAUUAUCAGAGCUGUCAAUAAAAUUGGGGACAUUGAUGUCAAGGACGUGUUUAACAUGCCUGAUUUGAUGAUUGGUGAUGAAGCCAGUAAACUACGUUCAUUAUUGGAAAUAAAUUAUCCAAUGCAAAAUGGAAUUGUCAGAAACUGGGAAGAUAUGUGCCACGUUUGGGAUUAUACAUUUGGUAAAGAAAAACUUGAUAUUAAUCCAAAAGAAUGUAAAAUAUUAUUGACUGAACCACCAAUGAAUCCAACAACAAAUCGUGAAAAAAUGAUUGAGGUGAUGUUUGAAAAAUAUCAAUUUGCUGGUGUAUAUAUUGCAGUCCAAGCUGUGCUCACAUUAUAUGCACAAGGUUUGAUAAGUGGUGUAGUUGUUGAUUCAGGCGAUGGUGUAACUCAUAUUUGUCCAGUUUAUGAAGAAUAUGCAUUACCACAUUUAACAAGAAGACUUGAUAUUGCUGGGCGUGAUAUAACAAUAUAUCUUAUUAAAUUAUUAUUAUUACGUGGUUAUGCAUUUAAUCAUUCAGCUGAUUUUGAAACAGUUAGAAUGCUUAAAGAAAAAUUAUGUUAUGUUGGUUAUAAUAUUGAAACUGAAGAAAAAUUAGCUGUUGAAACAACAGUUCUAGUCGAGUCUUAUACUUUGCCUGAUGGAAGAGUUAUUAAAGUUGGUGGUGAACGUUUUGCAGCACCAGAAGCAUUAUUUCAACCACAUUUAAUUAAUGUUGAAGCACCAGGUAUUGCUGAGCUUGUAUUUAAUACAAUUCAAUCAGCAGAUAUUGAUAUGAGAAGUGAAUUGUAUAAACACAUUGUUCUUAGUGGAGGUAGUACAAUGUAUCCUGGUUUACCAUCAAGAUUAGAACGUGAAAUUAAACAAUUAUAUCUUCAACGAGUUCUUAAAAAUGAUACAUCAAAAUUAGGGAAAUUUAAAAUAAAAAUUGAAGAUUCACCAAGACGUAAAGACAUGGUCUUUAUGGGUGGUGCAGUACUUGCUGAUUUAACAAAAAAUCGUGACUCAUUUUGGAUAAUGAGAGAAGAAUACGAAGAAAAAGGAUUGAGUGUAUUAAAAAAAUUAACAACAUACGAUACAAAGUGAUUGUUUUAAUGAAAUAAAAAUUAUUGAAUAAAAAAAAAAAA